AUGGCGCCAGUUGCAGUGGUUGACAAGUCUUCAAGGCCAUCUUUAUCUCAAGGGGAGGUCGAGGUGAUUUUGAAGCAAGCAGGGAUCGAGGAGAACUCUCCGGAUGCCUUUCACGGUCGUGGCGGUAUCUCCAUGGUGGUGGCAGUUGCAGUCUUCUCAUCUCUGGCAGGUUUGCUGAUGGGUUUGGAUAUCGGAUACAUCGCGGGAGUCAAGACCAUGGAUUCCUUCUCUGAGGGUUUGCUUCAUGAGGAGAAGAUCAAAGACACCCAGGACAGUUUGAUCACCAUGAUCUUCGGAGUGGGUGCCGCCGUGGCGGCCUUUCCACCGGUCAUGGAUUGCUGCGUCUCGAAGCUGGGCCGGAAGGGCGCCGUGAUCUUCGGAGGCCUCGUCUUCUGCCUAGGGGCUGCACUGCAGGCUCUAGCGCCUCAGCCGAAGGAUCCGAAGGAUCCGAAGGCCAUCAACAUGGCAAUGAUGCUGUUGGGUCGCAUCAUCGCCGGCUUCUCAGUGGGUUUGCUGUCGGGCAACGCCCCGGUCUACACCAGCGAGAUCGCACCCCCUGCGUUGCGCGGCGCGCUGGUCACGGGGUUCCAGUUCGCCAUCACGGUGGGUAUCAUGAUCGCCUUUCUCCUAGCCUUGGUCUUGGAAGAUGUCGAGAAACCCUAUGGCGGAUGGCGAUGGGUCAUCGCGGCACAGAUCGCCCCUGGCAUCAUGCUGGUGAUUGGCGGCAUCUUCAUGCCUGGCUCGCCUCGCUAUUUGGUACAACAAGGCACCCGGACGGCCUGGGCCUGGGGCUAG